CAAAAGAACCCUAGACAACACGAGAAUCAUUUCAUUUUCACUGUUCAUCUUCUCUCCGAUCUUUGUUGAUUCUCAAGAAGGAAGGAAGGAAAGGAUGAAGCCAGUGAUAGGCACAGUGGUAUCGAACAAGAUGCAGAAAUCAGUAGUCGUCGCCGUGGACAGGCUCUUCCACAACAAGCUCUACAAUCGCUACGUCAAGCGCACUUCCAAGUUCAUGGCUCACGACGAGAAAGACUCCUGCAACAUCGGCGAUCGAGUGAAGUUAGAUCCCUCGAGGCCGUUGAGCAAGAAUAAGCAUUGGGUUGUCGCUGAGAUUAUCAAGAAAGCUCGCAUCUAUUCUCCUCAAGCCGCAGCCGCUGCUAUUGCUGCUUCUGCAUCAACUUCCUCGGCCUCCAUUGCUGACUCUACUGCUCCAUCCUCUACCUCUUAAGAUCAGAGAGAAGGAAGUAACCAGAGGUUGAAGAGAGAAGAAGAAAGAGACAAGAACCAAGUCAAGAAAGCUAAUGUGGCUGCAAACUGGUAUCUGUUGCAGAUUGUUGGAGGGCAAACUGAUUCGUCUGAUCGCAAAAGAUCCACAACACUGGCUGCUGAUGAAGCUGAAGCCAACGCUAGAACAGACACCACCUUCAAACACAAAAAAAAUUGUCAAAGAUCAGAUCAAAAUAUUGGAGACUCCUUUCCCAGUAAGCGUUAGAAAAUGUAACUACGUUACCCAAUCACCAAUUGAGAUGGCGAGAAGGAUUCGUGGCUUUUGAAAUGGUUGGUUGAGAAGAACACAAUAGAUAUCUACCAUUGCUAGUGUCAGUCAGGUUCCAUGGUAUUAGCUAAAGCCAUGAUCGUCACCAAGUAGCUGAAGAUUAAAGUUAUUAGGGUUCGUUCAUGAUAUGUAAUCUGGAGUUGGGAUCUAUAUACAUUACCA